AUGUUACCCAUACUGGUUGUGAUCUUUGUCAGCAUGGGUGUUAAUUCACUACCAUCUAUCAAUUUUACAGACACUAUAUUAUCAAAUCGAAUGAUCGAAGCAUUAAAUGAUAUUCUUGUAGCUAAAGAUGGCUACCAGGUAAGACCAUUUGAUCAACUCCGGCAACAACUAAAACAACAAGCAUCGAAUAUCCCUCAAUUGGGAGAACCACAAGAAAAAUUCUACGUAUCUCAGUUUCCGGACGAACAACAACAAUUUUAUCAACCCCAACUUUCAGAGCAACAAACAUUCUAUCAGCCUCAAAUGCCUGAUAACAAGCCACAGCAACCAUUCUACCAACCUCAAAUGCCUGAUAAUAAGCCACAUCAGCCCUUCUAUCACCCUCAAAUGCCUGAUAACAAGCCACAGCAGCCCUUCUACCAACCUCCAAUCUCUGACAACAAACCACAACAGCCUUUUUAUCAACCACAAUUUCCAGAAAAACCACAACAACCUUUUUUUCAGCCUCAAUUUCCAGAGAAUAAACCCCAGCAACCUCCUUAUCAACCCCAAUUUCCCGAAAAUAAACCACAACCACCUUUUUAUCAGCCUCAAAUACCAGAGAAUAAGCCACAACAACCUUUUUAUCAACCACAAUUUCCAGAGAAUAAACCCCAACAACCUCCUUAUCAACCACAAUUUCCAGAGAAUAAACCCCAACAACCUUUUUAUCAGCCCCAAUUUCCAGAGAAUAAACCACAACAACCUCCUUAUCAGCCACAAUUUCCAGAGAAUAAACCACAACAACCUCCUUAUCAGCCACAAUUUCCAGAGAAUAAACCACAACAACCGUUCUAUCAACCACAAUUUCCAGGAGAACAACCACAACAGCCAUUCUAUCAACCCCAACAACCUGAUAAUAAACCCCAACAGCCUUUUUAUCAACCACAAUUUCCAGAGAACAAGCCACAACAACCAUUUUAUCAGCCUCAAACCCCAGAAUAUCAACCAUCACAACAUAUGCAGCAAUCUAUUCCACAGCAUCAAUUGCCUGCAUCUCAACACCAACAAAAUCCUCAAUAUUCUGAUUCGCAAGGCUACUACUAUCCGUUUCAACAUCAGAAUGUCAACUGGUACAAUUUUCCUAGCCUUUGGACGUCUGUGGCUAGUGCUAAAGUUGAUCCAGCAGCAACAUCUGCUAGUAAUGCUGAUCAGGCAUCCGAUUUAGGUACUAGUAGCGAAUGCCCAGUAGGUUUAUGUCCACGUGGUGCAAGCUGUUCCCAACUAUCAGGCCAAUGGCAAUGUGGAUGCGGUGCAAGUGGUUGCCUUGGAAUCCCAAAUCCAUGUGGUAUAUACGGUCGAUACUAUUUUCCUUAUUAUCCUGAUGCAUCACGAUUUAUUCAAUGUGAUCAAACUGGUGUUUUCUGGAUUCGUAAAUGUGCUCCUGGUACUAUUUUUGAUCCUAAAAUAGAAGUCUGCAAUUAUCCGCCUGUUGUUGUUGAAACUGGCAAAAAAUAA